CGAGAAAGAGGGAAGUCAUGUGAAGUUGAACAGAAUCUGUACUUCAUGGUGGUGAAGCAAGCAAGCAUCGAGGACAACCCCGAUGACGACACAGUUCAAACCUCACUGCCCAAGUCGUACAUGCGUGCUUAUGAUCUGGUCAAGCUGGACUCCUUCGUCUGCACCCAUGGACCCUCCACCAAAGUUGAUGACACUGCAACAUCAUGGAAUCUUGGUUCAGAGGACAUCUACAAGACCUUCUUCACGGCUGCUGCAACUAACCCAUCUCUUUGGGAAGGACCUACUUCCACUGGGGAAUCCCGGUUACCAGUGACAAUGCCCUCGUCUGCUGCCCGUCCCUAUCCACUGACGCCUAUGUAACCACCAGUCUUCUUGCCUUUGCUCCAGAUUCUCCUCCACCGCUAUGCUGUGAACACUAACUACAAGGCUGAGGGACUGAUUACCUCAUCUUUUGUAUAUAGUUCUACUGUCUUCCUAU